AUGAGUCUUACAAAAUAUGAUGGAAAUAUUCAUCCAGAUGAAUGGUUAAAAGAUAUUCAAAAUUAUUGUAAUUUUCAUCUUAAACAAAGUUCUUUUGUAUGGUAUUUUAUUAUACCAUUAGUUGACGCAACUAUCAAACUCCCAACUGGAAUUGAUGGUAUUGAAAAACUUCGUAAGGCACUCAAAGAUGACAUUUCGUUUACAAUAUUCAAAAAUGCAAAUAAAAGGAAAUUGCAGUUAUUACAAUAUAUUCCCGAAAGAGAAGGUGGAGAAACUUUAAAGUUCAUUUCAAAUUUUCGUAAAUUAUGUUAUAAUGCAGAAUCGAAGAAAGAGAAAAUUAAUUCUACAAAUGAAUUAAUUAAAGAAUUUGAGGAAAUUGUUAUGGAAGAAUCGAAUUUAAUUAGACAUAAUUCCAUCGUAGCCUUAAGACAUGUGGCUACAGGCAAAUACUUGAGUUCAAUUGGAAGUUUGAAUUACACAACUGGAAGUAAUUCUCAAAUGGUUUUUGCAAGUAAUUUAGUACUUGAUCGGAAUGGUUUAUGGACAAUCCUUACUAACAAUUCGCAUUUUAGUAAUCCAGAAUUAGCUUCUUACACCAACAACACUACUAUAUCUAUACUACACAAAAAUUCUAACCUUUAUCUUGGAUUUUAUUCUUAUGAAGCUAAAUCUCCAUCAACCGGGCACACAGAAGUUUGUUGUACUAAAUAUAAAUAUAAUUGGAAUUUGAGGAAUUGUAAAUUAGAGGAUUCAAAAGAAUAUUUAAGAUCAAACGAUAUUAUUAAUCUAAGUAACAAUUCUUUACUAUUUUUACGUAGUCAUGAAUUUCAAUUUACUAUUAAUAACGAUACUUUUCAAGAGGUUGUUUGUCAUAACGAAAGGUUAGGAGGUAAUGAUGAGUGGUGCAUUGAGCUUGUUAAGCAGAAUUAA